AUAAUCCGAUAAUUACUUUGGGAAAGUUUCAGGCUAGAUUCCUGUUACUCUUUGAAGUGGGUUUCUGUCCUCAGAAUCCAACCAUAAUAGGGAUAUCUCUCUCAAUUAUAUAUAGGGUUUGUGGAUUUUUCAACCAAAACAGAAAAACUUUGGAGGAUUCCCGAUAUUAAGCACAAGGAUGUCGAAUUGGUCUGAGCUUCAAUAUGAUCUGCUGGUUCUAAUAGUUAAGCGUAUAAAUUUGAUCGAGGACUACCUUAAUUUUGCGGCCGUCUGCAAAUCUUGGCGAUGUGCUGCCACCAAGGACAAUUUCAACAGUGACCUGCCUAGAAUUCCGUGGUUGAUGUUAGCAGAGGAUAAAGACAAUUCCUGUAGAAAAUUCUUCAGCCUCUACAAUGGCAUGAUUUUAAACAAGAGGAUUCCGAAAGCCAUAGGAAAACGAUGUCUAGAGUCUAUGGGAUGGCUAAUCACAACCGGGAAAGAUGAGAGUGAAACAAGUCUGCUACAUCCCUUCUCGGGUGUUGAGAUCGAAUUGCCCCAUCCAAAUACCACCAAAGAUUAUGAAGACCAUGAGUUUUUGGAGGCCAGGAGAUUUGAGAUGGACAAGGAUCGACAACAUAAACUCUCCCUAUAAACAUAUACAUCGUGAUCUGGUCAAUUAUACUGAAAAAAUUUAUGCAGUUGAUUGGAGUGGUCGUGUGUUAGUCUAUGAUGUUACUGGUUCUAGUCCCACUCAAAUAGUAGCCAUCUUACCACCUCGUCACAAGGGAGAUGAGUUCUAUAUCCUAGAAUCAAUGGGAUCAUUAUUUGUAGUUGUGCGCUACGGUGUAAAAAGUAGGCCGCCCAUCAGAGAAGAUAGUAGCAGGAUUUCAUUAACACCAAUAUAUGACGAUGAUAACGAUGGUGAAACUUAUGGGACAACAAGUUUUGGAGUUUUUGAGGUCGACUUAGCCGCUGGAAGAUUGAGGGAAACCAAGGAAGUAGGGGACAGAGCUCUUUUUUUGGGUGCUAAUGCAUCUAUCUCAGUACAGGCUUCUCAAUCUCCAGGGGUCAAGCCCAACCAUAUUUAUUAUACUGAUGAUUUUGUGGAAUCAUACCUCUCCUAUGAAGAAGGGGGUGGCAUGGAUAUGGGUGUUUAUAACAUAGCAAAUGGCAGCUUUGAGCCUCACUACAACGGUGUUUCUCUCAGUCGUGUUUGUCCACCAAUUUGGGUCACUCCAACUCUGUAUUGAUCAGUAUUGCUUGCUUUCAUUUUAUAUUAUGUAUUUGGAGAAUGUUUCAUAAUUUAUUUUAUGCAAAACCCUUUUCCUUGUUGAA